AUGAUGAACAAGAGGUACGCUUUGGCAGCGAUGGUCCUGGCGGUGUUUGUAGGAGUUGUACUAUACUCCGAAGAGUCGGAAGCCAAUCCGGCCAAGAUCCUGAUCAAAGGAGCGCAAAAGCUCCUACCGAAACUGGCAGGCAAGACAAUGCGCAUCGCGGCGGUCUUUGGAAGGGCAGGAAUUUUUCGAAUCCCGAAAGUACACCGGGCUUUUGCCUAUUUGCGAAGAAGCCAUCCCAAGGUGGCUAGGUACCUCAAGAUCGCCACGGGCAUAGCGGGAGGAGCAGGUUCAGCGGCCGGGACCCAGGCACUCAUCGAGUACCUGGAGAGCGAUGAAUUGUUCCAAGAUGUGGAGCAGAUCCGCAUCCUGACGGAGACCCUCGAGCAGCAAGGGGAGAUGACCCAGCAGGACGUCAACGACCUCGAAGGGUUGUUGUAUGGGCUGUCCUAUGCUCUGGACGCUCAGAAGGAGACCCGUGCCGCCGCCUCGAUCUGGGACAUCCCAGAAAAAGCGGAGAGGGACGUCGCCGAACCGCCCCAGGGCGGAUGGGAAACCCUCGCCCGCUUUGCAAGAAUCUUGAGGAAGGAUCCGGUAGCCACGACAAUCCUGAUCUUCACCGUAAUCUCCGCCAUCACCACCUUCUGCUGCAUUCGAUUGCUGAUCAACGAAGCAGCAAGGAGGUGCCGUCUUGCAAAGGGAAGGACGGAGAGGAGAAGGGCAAGAAACCGUCUCGGAAGACGCAGGAAGUCUGGCUCAAGCUCCGGAAGAAGCCACAACUCUCCGCCGAACGGCGAAGAGGAGGGAGAAAGCCAGAUCAGGCAGGAACCGCCAAUAGAACUAGAAGAUAUGUUACCUUCCGCCGCACCCGAUACCGGGGCCACGGAGUAG